AUGGCGCUCCCACCUCUUCUCCAAGGACAUGUAUGUGCCGUGACGGGCGGUCUCACGGGGAUCGGAAGAGCAAUUGCUAUCCUGUUUCUCUCACACGGUGCCAAGGUGGCUAUCAACUACCUCCCAUCUCACAACAAAGAUGAAGACACCCUCCUCUCGUCACUGCGGACAGAAGCCUUCGAAGCCAUCAAGAGCCGUUUUCACUCUUCUUCUUCUUCUCCCUUGCCAGGUGUGGAAGAAGAUGUACCCCUUCUUGCUGUCGCCGGCGAUGUCUCCCGACCCGAGGCAGGGCGAGAUCUCGUUGCGCAAACGGUAGCAAAGUUCAACAGACUCGACACCCUGGUCUCGAACGCGGGCAUCUGCAAGUUUGAGGAGUUUCUCGAAAUCUCCCCCGAGUCCUGGCAAAGGCACCUCAACACCAAUUUAUCAGGGGCAUUCUAUGUCGUCCAAGCAGCGGCCCAACAGAUGGCGAGGCAGGAGCCACAAGGGGGUUCGAUCAUCGGCGUCUCGAGCAUUUCGGCUCUUGUUGGCGGCGCCCAACAGUGUCAUUACACCCCGACAAAGGCCGGGGUGUUGUCCCUCAUGCAGUCCACCGCCACGGCACUGGGGAAGUACAACAUCAGGUGCAAUGCCCUCCUGCCAGGCACCAUUCGGACCCAACUCAACGAUCAAGAUCUCGCCGACGGGAGUGAGAAGAAGAGGUACAUGGAGGGUCGGAUUCCCCUCGGACGGCUGGGAAGGCCAGAUGACAUGGCAGGGCCGGCGUUGUUUCUGGCCUGCGGUGAAUUGUCGUCGUAUGUCACAGGGGCGGCCAUCUUGGUUGACGGAGGAGCAUUUGUGAACUUUCAGUAG